AUGGCGGAGGAGCAGUACUACGGGGGCCCGCGCGGGGCGCCGCACGGGCUGCUGCUGGCGGUGGUGGUGGGGCUGGUGGUGGCGGGCCCGCUGUUCCUGGGCGACGGCGGCGAGGCCGUCACGGAGGCCAUCGCGGAGCUGCUCAGCCCCGUCGGCCUGCUCCUCCUCCCCGUCUCCCUGCUCCUCCUCAUCCGCCUCCUCUCCUCCGACCGCGGCGCCGCCGCCCUCUCCGACGCCUUCGCCUUCGGCGGCUCGCCCGACGCCGUGCACCGCGUCGGCGGCUCCCCCAUCGGCGUCGCGCUCAUGCUGCUCCUCAUCCUCGCCCUCCUCUACUACCGCUCCGCGCUCUUCGGAGGCGGCGGGGACGACGACGAGUAG